UCCUUUCAGUAUGCCAGCUGUUUCGAUUACAAUUUCAUUGAUUAGACGGUUUCUGUUCAUUUGGAUUGAUCGAUUUAUUCUGUGAAUUCCGUUGCUAGUUGAGGAAGAAUUUUUGAAAAAUGAGUUCAAAAGUUUUAGCAAUCUUGUUAACAAUUUUAAGCGUCGCAAAACCAAUAUUUUCUGCAGACUGCCAAUCAGACACUUAUAAAUUUACCUCUUACGUGAAUCCGCAAGAACUUAAUCUAACAACACCAGGAGAAACCGUGUUUUUGAAAUUUAAUGUUACUAACACCAAAUCCGUCGAGAAAAAGGACAAAAAUAGCUAUUUGGACGUUGUCGUACAAAACGAUGAGCUUAUUUUCAAAACCAGCAAGCAGUUUGAGGACUACGAAAAAAAUGAAGUCGAUGCACGAAUUUUUCUGCAUUUGAAAUUCGUUUGCAAUGAUGGAGAAAUCACCGGGACUUUUUACCAGAAUGUUUUGUUGGCGAACAAUCAUGCGCCCAAAUUUACGAUGGAAACAUAUCAGGCUGUCGUACCCUUGCCACUGCCCAAAGGAUUUGAUCUGACGCCUUUUGUGGAUGAAGGACGAGGAGUCGUGGUCGAGGAUUACGAUCUGAUCAACAAUACAGUGAACUUCGAGAUCAGUCUGAACGAUUUCAUUCGGGUGGAAAUGGUUAAGUUAAGUACGAAAAAGUUUCAAGCUGUUCUUAAACUUAAAGAACAAGUUCUUCGAUUGAAGGAGGACCUAGAAGUCGAGGUAACGGGAACUGACGAGGGUAUUCCGCCGAAAAGUGGAAAAGCUAAGGUAGUGAUCAAACCGGACCUAACGAUCGAGUAUUACGAUCCACCGAUGUUUAAAAAUACCUUCUUCCGAGGGGAUUACAAUGUUGCUGGGAAUUUCUUCGAUUGUGAAUUGAUUCCGGCUACAGUACACGAGGAAGUGCAAUUCAGUGUGAUUGGUGAGGAUAAGCAGUUUUUCGAGAUAAGCGUCCCGAGCGACAAGAGUAUGGCAACUGUGAGUUUGAAAGAUAAUUUUGAGCCUACCGAAGAUGUGUACUUUCUGACGGUGAUUGUUGAAGCAAAACGUGGGGAACUACAGAAAGCGGAAGCAGUCAUUUUGAUCGACCUUAAGAGAACUUCGGCCAAUGUUACGGAGGAACGAGAACCUAUCGAAACAGUUUUAAGUGUAUUUGAACUUGAAGAAGAGAAGGAACAUUUGAAUGUUUUCCCGGCAUUUGUUGGUGAAAGAUUCUAUGAAAUCGUUAGUGUUACGCCCAACGUUUCGGAAGAAAUUUUCAAGGUUAACAGAAGCUCAGGUUGGAUUGUUUCUUCGGAUUUCGAUCGGGAGGAUCCUGAUCUAUUCAAGGAUGUAGAAAAUCCUCAGUUUCAGUUAGUUUUGAAACUUUCUGAAAGUUAUCAGACUAUGAAGAAAAACGAAGAACCUAAUUUUUUCGACAUCCCGUACUCUGAAGACACCACCUAUCUUCAAAUUAUUGUAGAGGACAUCAACGACAACAAGCCGAUCUUCACAUUUCCAAAAGCGGAACAAGUAUUCGCUUUUCCGGUUCCACGCUUAGCUGAGCGUCUUCUUUUAUCGAAUCUUCUCCGGGUCAGCGCCUAUGACAAAGACGCGGGACUCAACGCUCUCAUCAGAUAUUCUCUCUCGUCAAACGAUCAUUUUCUCAUCGAUCCGCGAACCGGAAUCAUUAGACCUCUACCGGACGCUCUCAACGAUGAAGCUGGUAUCGAUCUAGAAGUUCACGCUACCGAUCGCAAUGGUUCAACCGAUGGUCUCACAACUAAUUUGAGUAUUCGCAUUGAACCUGCACUUCACUACCAGUUGUCGCUUCUGGAACUGCAAAACAUGGCUUACGACCAUUUGGAAUCUACGAUUUAUGACCUAGAGCAGGCUACCGGUGUCCGUCUUCAGGUGCUCAAUAAAGAUUGUAGAGGAGUGGGGAUAUCAGGCACCAGACAAGUGGAAAACUUAGUGCGACUUUUGGUCGUUGCAUUUGAUUCUAACAACACCCUGCUAUCUACGGAAAAUUUUAAAGCUGUUUUACCCAAUAGCGAUGCCUUCACGGUAACAUCGAUCGAAGCCAUCCUACAGGACAAUCCGGAGAGUGAGCACUGUCAAGCCUACGGAUACGUGGUGGUAAUAGCGGUUUUUGUGGUGCUGUUCAUUGCUGCCGCAGCCCUUGCCGUGUUUUUGUGGGCCAAACUGAAGGGAGCUAUGGCUGAAAUGGUGGCGUUGAUGCCACCGACCGGUGGUCCGUCGAUGCCGAAAGUGCUGUCGUCGGAGGAACUGAUAGAAACCCAAGUAGAACGUGGUUGCUCGACGCCACCAGCCACAAAACUGAUGAGAAGCACCGAUGGAGUUGCAGCCGAUUAUACCCCAGCUGAUAACGUUCACCGUCGUCACCGACUGGCAACAAACUUAUCGGACCUGCUGAUGAUUGAAGAACACGAAACGGAAUCUAUCGAUAGCACGGAUUCGAAUCUUUUCGAUUCGGAAACUAACCUUCCCCGUAAGUCGAUUCGUUUCAACGAAGGUGUCGAGAGGAUCGAAAUAAAGCGACAAAAUUCAGAUGUAUGAAACAUAGAUUUUAAUAAAUAAAUUUACAGCAUUGAGUUAAUAAAAAAAAACCACCUAAAACCGCUCAUUGAAUACUUCAUUGCCGUCUUCCAAUUCUUCCCGAGAAUCACUCCCCACGACUUCUAUCCGCUCGACCAGUUCGUUGAAGG